AACGAUUAAUUGUCAAAGUAAUUAGGAAUCCGAAUUUCGGAGUAAAUUAUCUUUUCUAGAUAAUCCACCUUAAACAUUAAGCCUUAAACAUUUUUACUUUAAAAAAUUCAUGUGUUGUAUGUACAUGGUACAAUUUUGUUAACGCAUUACUUCGUGCAUAAAUCAACGUAGAAUUCCUAGAAUAAUUGUACUUAUUACUAUAAAUACGUAUAGUAAGUUUCAACGGAUCUCGACAUUCAAGUGAUUUGGAAUGCAAUUAUUUCAAAGCGUUGUUGGCAGCUCAAUAGAACUAGCGGUAAUAAUAAUUUAAUUUUCACAUUUUAUUAAGUGAUCAGUUUAUUAUUUAGUACUUCUCCUUCCGUGAAAAUAUUUUCCAAAUCUCUGUACUAUAAACCCUUUCUGAACACAUUUUUUGAGACAAUAAAGAUGAUGAUAUCCAAACACUGCAUCAGUCACUGGGACACAAAAAUAUUUGAUUAUUGAAUUUAAAUCACGUGUGAAUGACUGACGAAAAAUCAUCGCGCAUGUCAGAAAUACGUCGGUAUUACUAGCCGUUAUAUGCCUUUGGACUCGGCACAUUAAUGUCAGUAGCAUCUAGUCGUCUAGACGCUGUGCUUGGUUUCCCAGUGUAAAUGUAAAUGACUGUUUGAGGAAACAAGUGAAGUGCGAAAGAAAAGUCAUUAACUUUCCCUUAACUGAGAUAAACUGACAAUUAUCUGAGAUAACUGACGAGAGUUGUACCCUAGAGGAGUCCGGGUACUUACGAAUAAUUAUUUAAUAAAAACAAAAAAAGUUUGACAAAGUUGUCUGGUGGAGUACUUGGGGAAGGAAAAAUGUACCGGGAAGCAGUGGUUCAUGCGGUCAAGAUGACGAAGGCAUCGAACCUGGCAUUUGCUCUCCGAAGGCUGCACAUGAGUAAUAAGAAACGAGCAUUUCUACCCGUGACAAAGAGACUCGGACCAACAUCACAUUUGGAACCGGUACUGACAAGUUCCUUUGGCCUGGCGAACAACCAGAAACGCAAUUACAGCUUCAUUCACGACAGCCACUACAUGUAUACGAAGGAUCAGGAUCAGGCGACAAAUGCAGAAGAUGUUCUCUUUGAUAUGUUCAGGAACGAGGAGACUGAUUUACUCUCUGUUGGAAAAUUUUUGGCUGCACUACGCACAACUGGUUUAAGAAAAAAUGAUCCUAGACUUCAGGAAUUAAACGACAAUCUCAAGGCAGAGCAUUUAAAAUCAGGUGGUGCUGAAGGUAUAUCUCACGAGACUCAAAAACUCAAUCGUGAACAAUUCAAAAGGAUAAUAAAUCCGAAUAUUGUGCUGAUAUCCCGGGCAUUUCGACACCAGUUUAUAAUCCCAGACUGGGCAGGUUUUACAAAGCACAUUGAAGAUUUUUACUGGAAAUGCAAGACGAAUACAGAGGGUAAGGUGGCCUCAUACAUACCCCAACUAGCCCGAAUGAAUCCGGAUUACUGGGGUAUAACAGUGUGCACCAUAGAUGGACAACGUUUCAGCAUUGGAGAUACUACGAUUCCGUUCACCCUCCAGAGUUGUAGUAAACCACUGACCUAUGCCAUUGCUCUUGAGAGCCUAGGGCAGGAGGUUGUCCACCAGUACGUUGGUCAAGAACCAUCAGGGAGGAAUUUCAAUGAACUCGUACUGGAUCACAAUAAAAAGCCGCACAAUCCAAUGAUCAAUGCUGGUGCCAUUCUAGUCUGCUCUUUACUCAAAAGUCUCAUCAAACCCGAAAUGACACUCGCUGAGAAAUUCGAUUUUACGAUGAAUUAUUUCGAGAGACUGGCAGGUGGUGAAAAUCUUGGGUUCAAUAAUGCAGUUUUUCUGUCUGAAAGAGAAGCUGCUGACAGAAAUUAUGCGUUAGGCUUCUACAUGAGAGAGCACAACUGCUAUCCAGACAAAACUAAUUUACGAGAAAUCAUGGAUUUUUAUUUUCAAUGCUGUGCUAUGGAAUCUAAUUGUGAUGCUAUGGCUGUGAUGGCUGCUACCUUGGCUAAUGGAGGAAUUUGUCCAAUUACUGAGGAAAAAGUUUUGAGACCAGACUCUGUGCGGGAUGUCUUGAGUCUCAUGCACAGUUGUGGAAUGUAUGACUACAGUGGACAAUUCGCUUUUAGGGUGGGAAUUCCAGCGAAAUCCGGUGUAUCCGGUAGUCUCCUGGUGGUAAUCCCCAAUGUUAUGGGGAUCUGCACAUGGUCACCUCCUCUGGAUCCCCUCGGCAAUUCCUGUCGUGGUGUUCAGUUCUGCGAGGAGCUCGUCAACGAAUUCAAUUUUCAUCGAUACGAUAAUCUCAAGCAUGCGACGAACAAAAAAGAUCCUCGAAGGCACAAGUACGAGACAAAGGGCCUCUCAAUCGUUAAUCUCCUAUUCAGUGCUGCUAGUGGAGAUGUCACGGGGAUGCGCAGACAUCGACUCAGUGGAAUGGAUAUGACUUUGUCGGAUUACGAUGGUCGGACAGCUUUGCAUUUGGCUGCCAGUGAAGGGCACCUGGAUUGCGUGGAAUUUCUCAUCGAACAGUGCGGAGUACCUCAUGAUCCCAAGGACAGAUGGGGAAAUCGACCCGCAGACGAAGCGAAAACAUUUGGUCACACUCAAGUUGUCGAAUACCUGAAUAACUACGAACAAGCGAAGAAAACCGAAGAAAUAACGAAAGAAGACAACGAUAAAACGAAUAACUGCACCGACAAGGAAAAUUGUCCACCGAAAAAAAUCUCGGAUUCAUCAGGUGAAACACCUCUACUUUAAAACGAAGAGAUUCCAAACUAAAAAUGACAAAUACUUGAAGAGAGACUACAAGAAUGCAAAAAGCCUUAGGAACAUAGUCAAUGAAAGGUCAAUACGCCCUAGACACACGUUUAAAAAAAUCUGUGAUUUAUUUAUUUAUCCCUAUUUAAUUCACCGGCGUCAAGUAGCUAAAGCUUCACUUGGUAAAACAAACAUAUCGUUUCAAGUAUUACUCCCCAAUUAAUUUCUCAUCCAUAAUCCUACAAACUAAAAUAUCGAAUUCCCCUACUAAAUGUUCCAAUUAAUCGUUGCAUGAUUUAUCAAAAGAGGGAUUAAUGUACAAAUAAACGAUAGGUAAUCAUUAAUUAAUAUCUCGUUUGAGAAUCAUUAAAUGAUAUUAUUUCAGUCUUCACACCGAUUGAUCCACAUGAGCCUAAUUUACAAUGAUAAAUACUACAAAAAGACAAUAAUUACUCUAUUAUACUUUAAUGAUUAAUUAAAAACAUUAAUUGCCAGGGAUUAUUCCAUCCGUCUCAAUUCCGGUCAUAGAGAAUUAUAAGUGUUGAUCGAAAUAUAU